AUGGCUUCUACUGAGGAACCUGUCCCGGUUGCCGCGCCCGUCGAGGUUGACUCCGAAAAUGCACCCCCCGCGACCCCAAUUGAGUCGACCGUCAUGUCCGGUAGCGAGGGACCGCUGACCAGCCCGGACGUCUCCAAGGACAAAGAGAAUACCAAGGCCUCGCCGGUCAAGAGCCGCCCAACAUCGACUACCGCCACCAAGCCGACGGGGACAACUACAAAACGGCCCAGCUCCAUGUCCGGCCCCCCGAAGACCACGUCUACCACGCGUGCGUCGGUGAAUGGCAGCACCUUGAGCAAGCCUCCUACCCGCCCGGCUACUACAUCAACCGUUCGGAAGCCCCUGAGCUCGUCCACAACGGCCUCGCACCGAUCUCGUGCCUCGAUCAGUAGCUCCGCCGAUGAGAAAUCCCGAGGCGCUGUGAGCUCUUCCGAUGAGAAGAGGGGGAUCUCUGGUACGGCGAAGCGGAUGUCUCUAGUCGGGACCCCGACCACCCGGGCCCCCAGGCCGAGCUCCAUUCAUGAUCGGCGGUCGAGCAUUGCAAGCACCACCACUGCCGAGAAGAGGAGCUCUGUGUCCUCAGUAUCGCGUACCAGCACCGCUUCGGCGAGGACCGCGACGAAGCCUACGACUACGUCGACUGCUCGCCCUUCGAGUUCCUCGACGAGUGCUACGCGGACCGUCACUCGGCCCUCGACGGCGACCCGGCCCACAUCGACUGCUACCAAGAGGUUGAGCACAGUGACCAAGACCUCGGAAGAGGAUGCGGAAAAAUUGAAUGCUCUUCAGAGUAAGCUGUCCGAAAGUGAGACGACCGUGACAGGCUUGAAAGCGGAGCUAGAUGCCGUGAAUGAGAAGCUGGCCCAGCUGUCAGUGUCUCAGACGGAGGACAGCUCCAAGGACCAGGAAGAGGCCCUCAAGGCCCUUCGAGAACAGCACGCAGCCGAGCUCGAACGACUGGCCGCAGACCAUGCGGAGAAAUUGCAAGCCUUGCGGGUCCAGCUGGAAGAGGCCGAGGCGACGCGGAAAGAGUUGGAAGAGAAGUCUCUAAAGGAUCUGGAUGAAGCCGCCAAAUCCGCCUCUGCCCAGGGAGACGACCAGACUGCUGCAGCCUUGGAGGAGCUGAAGGCGUCCCAUCAAGCGCAACUGGAGGCCCUGGAGAAGGAACUCGCGGAACAGAAAGCCUCUACCGCUGCAUAUGCCGAGCAGAUCGAAUCUCUGAAGGCGGAAUUGGAAUCGCAGAAAGCCAACCUGGAAACGGUCACCAAAGGAUUACAGGAGGAGAAGGCCUUGGCCCUGGAUAGGCUCGAACGGGAACUGAACGGCCGUGAUCAAGUGAUCGCCAAUCUGAACAUCGAGAUGGAUAAGUUAAAUCAAGCCAAGGAGCAAGGAGUUCGCGCGGCGGAGGAGUCUGCCAAACAGGCGGUUUCCACCCUCGAGGAACAGGUUGCUUCUCUGACCGCCAAGCUGGCCGAGGCAGAGUCAGCUGCGAAGGGUAAUGAGGAGACACCUGAAGUUGUCACUGAAAAGGUCCAGGAAAUCGCAGAGCUGAAGGAGGCUAUGAAGAAGAUGGAGGCCGAAUUCCUGGAGGCACGCGAGUCCGCCGCGAAUGCGCGGGAUGAGAAGAUCAAGGAAUUGGAAGCGGCUCAUGAGGCUGCUGUCGCGAAGCUCAAGGCGGAGCAUGAUGAAGCCCUGGCCUCCGCAUCCACGAGCCAUGCCCAGGAACUCGCGGUUGCCAAGGAAGCCGCCGAAUCGGCCGGUACCACUCAUUCCCAACAGCUCCAGGAACUCCGGGAUGCACUGGAGGCCGCCGAAGCCGCGGCAAAGAAGGGUCGGGAAGAGGCUGCCAGCGAAUUGUCUGCCGCUCACCAGGCCGAGCUGCAAGCCCUCCAGCAAAAACUGGAAGCGGCAGAACAGGCUCUCAGCGAAGCACGACAAGCCGCGGAGGAGGGUGCCAACUCGGCCCAUGCGGUUGCGGUCCAAGAAAUUGAUGAACUGAAAGAGAAGGUUGGCGCGUUAGAGUCCCAGUUAUCGACCGAACAGGACGCAAUCAAAUCUCUCCAUGAUGAGGUUCACAGCAAACGGCAAGAGGCCGAGGCGCUGAAGCAAAGCCUCCUUGAAUUCGAGAGUAAGACCAAGGCUAAGGAUGCCGAGCAGGAAAGCCAGCUGAGAGCGCUCGAGGAGAAGGCCGCCGCAGCUGAGAAAGCCCUUGAGGAGCACCUGAAGGAAGCUUCUGCCAAUGCCGACAAGCACUCCCAGGCUCUUGAGAAGACCGCUGUGGCCGAGAAGGCACUGGAGGAGCACCUUAAGGAGGCGGCUGCUACUGCCGACAAGCACUCCCAGGCCCUCGAAGAGUUGAAGGCGCAACACGCUGCCGAGCUGGAGAAGGCCAAGGCCGACGCCGCUGGAUCCCAUGGCGAGGCUCUUAACGAAGUCCAGGCCAAGCUCGAUGCACUAGCAUCUACCAACCGCGAGCUGGAGACUAGCCACGCGCAGAAAAUCGAGACUCUUGAGGCGGAGCUCAAGGCCACCCUUGAACGCCAUGCCGGCGAGCUUGCCUCCCACACCGAUGCUCAUGAAAAGGAACUGGCUGAUAUCCAGAAGGAGUACAGUGAGACCAAGGCUCAGUUGCAUGCCGAGCUGGAAGCUCUUCGGGAGUCCAAGGCUGCCGAGACUGAGGCCGAGCACAGUAAGGCAAUUGAAGAACUCCUUACUGUCCACGAAGAGAAGCUCUCUAGCGUCCGAGCUGAUCUGGAAUCCUCCAACAAGGCUAAGGUUGAGGAGCUUCAGAAGUCACACGAGGCGGCUCUCGCGGAAGUUCAUGAGCAGCUUUCUCACGCGCAGGCAGCUGCCCAGGAUAGCUCUGUCUUGGACGCCUUGAAGGCCACCAUUGCGGACAUGGAGAAGAAGCUGUCUGCUGCUGAGCAAUCCGUUACGGAAUCGAAGGAGAUCGCCAGCAAGCAGGGUGCUGAGCUUUCCAGGAUCGAGGCCGAGAAGAAUGAGUGGGAGCAGAAGCACCAGGCCGUGAGCAGCCGGGCGAAGGAGCUCGAAGAGUUGGUGGCGGCUUCUGCCAGCUCCAAGUCGGAAGCCGAGACGGUACAGCAGCAGCUGUCUGCGUCCCUGGAGGAGCUGUCGCAGGUCAGAAGCAAGCAGGAAGCCAUCCACAUUGAACUCGACGAGCUGAGGACGCAGAACCGGGCGAUGGAGGAGAAGCUCAUGCAGGGCGAGAGGGACCUGAACGAUCAGAUUGACAAGAACAUGUCGCUGCUCAACCAGUUGGGCGAGGUCGAUUCGGCGAUCUCGAGCAGCCGCAAGCGCAUUCGUGAGCUCGAGGCUGAAGUGGCGGCCCUGAAGGCCGAGGGCAAGGGCGCAGGCCUUGAGAGUAGCCGGUGGGCGGCCGAAGGCGAGAAGGCCCCUGGUGGAGGAAACGCCGGUCCGGCCGCAACGGAAGGUGAGGACCUUGGUUCAUCCAUUGAGGGAACGAUAGCAAGCAUUCAGGAACAGCUUAAGCACAUCCGCACGGCCAACGAUGACUGGUAUGACGAGCACCAACGGUAG